AUUGUCCAACCGAAGCGCUCGCAGGCAGGUAAGCUGCGACCGCAACCGAAGUGGGAGGGGUUUAUGGGGCCAAACAACCAAUCGGUUAAAAUCCUCGCCGAUCACCACCUCUCCUUUCCUUCUCCCAUUUCCUUCCUCUCCCCUUUCGAUCCCACGCCGAAAGAAGUCUCGUCCUCAGUCCUCUCUCUGUCUCUCUGCAAUCCAGCUGAGGUCUCCUGCUUUCCCCUUUAACUGUGUCGCAUUUUUUACUGUUCUUUCUGGAAUUGUUUCUUUAUUUCGCGUUGUUUUCCAUGGAUUCUCUCUCAUUUCGUUGUUUCCCUCCUCAAAAUAUAUUUGUGAUGGGUUUUUGGCAUAUUUUCUGAACCUUUUUUUCCCUAAAAAUUCCCUGGUUCUGUUGAUAAGUCUGGAGGUAAAGCUCGUGUUUUUGGCAUCGGAUGCGAGGACUUUCCGCUACCAAAUUGGAGGUGAAGUUUCCAAGGUCUUAGAGGGGCAAUCUCAGAUGGAAUUGCAAGCAUCUGGAAAUUUAGGUUUUUGAAGCUCCCGACGGAAAAUUCAUUCGUAUCAAUCUCUGGGAAUUCAAUUUGUUGGGAAAAUGGCAACACAAAUGCCAUGCUUUACGCCAUUUAGCCGACAAUGUUCGGUUGGAGCUCUUCAGAUUCCUGGAGGAAGAGUUUUAGCUGAGAACUGGACUAGUAGAAAUAGCUCACUCGAAAUGCUCGGCAAAGGACAUGGUCUUCUGGGCAUGGUACAGAGUGUUGCUUCUUGCUCUUCUCGUGUUCAGUGUUCUGCUAACUCUCACAGCAUCAGCUCAUAUCACAAUAAAGAUCGUUUCUUGAAUCUCCACCCGGAGGUUUCCUUGCUACGAGGGGAGAAGAAUGACACGGUUAUUGAUUCAAGGAGAGAUUAUGUGGGUGAUGAUAUUGCUGAGACCUUAGGAGGCUCGUCGGUUCAGGAUGAUUAUAAUGAGGCCAAGAUCAAGGUCAUUGGUGUUGGCGGUGGGGGUUCCAAUGCUGUCAAUAGGAUGAUCGAAAGUGACAUGAAGGGUGUGGAGUUUUGGGUUGUUAAUACAGAUGUUCAAGCAAUGAGGAUGUCGCCUGUUUUUCCUGAGCAUUGCUUGCAAAUUGGUCAGGAGCUGACCAGAGGGCUUGGUGCUGGCGGGAACCCAGAUAUUGGUAUGAAUGCUGCGGAGGAAAGCAAAGAGUCAAUACAGGAGGCGGUUUAUGGUGCUGAUAUGAUCUUUGUGACGGCUGGAAUGGGUGGGGGAACUGGGACUGGGGGUGCCCCUGUAAUUUCUGGGAUUGCCAAGUCAAUGGGCAUCUUGACUGUGGGCAUUGUCACAACCCCAUUUGCUUUUGAAGGACGAAGACGGGUAGUUCAGGCACAGGAAGGAAUUGCAGCUUUAAGAGAAAAUGUUGAUACGCUUAUUGUCAUCCCAAAUGACAAGCUGUUGACAGCUGUUUCUCCAAAUACUCCCGUGACAGAAGCAUUUAACUUGGCCGAUGAUAUCCUUCGACAAGGUGUUCGUGGCAUCUCUGAUAUAAUCACGGUUCCAGGUUUGGUUAAUGUUGACUUUGCUGAUGUGCGAGCCAUUAUGGUAAAUGCAGGUUCAUCUUUAAUGGGUAUAGGAACUGCAACAGGCAAGUCAAGGGCACGAGAUGCUGCAUUAAAUGCCAUUCAGUCCCCUUUACUAGAUAUUGGUAUCGAAAGGGCUACUGGAAUUGUUUGGAAUAUUACUGGGGGAAAUGAUCUAACAUUAUACGAGGUAAAUGCUGCAGCAGAAGUAAUUUAUGACCUUGUUGAUCCAAGUGCAAAUCUAAUAUUUGGAGCAGUGAUAGAUCAGUCACUCAGUGGUCAAGUGAGCAUAACUCUAAUUGCCACUGGAUUCAAACGCCAGGAUGAGCCAGCAAGGCGAACUUUGCAAGGUUCCCAAUUCGGUCGGCCGACCUCAUCUCUCACUGAAGGCAAUAUGGUGGAGAUCCCCGAGUUUCUAAGGAAGAAAGGACGCUCUCGUUAUCCAAGAGCUUGACAGGUCCCAUUUUGUGAUAUACUAUUUCACUGUAUGUUUCUCUUGGUUCCCUGAAAUCACCUCUUAGCAGUAUAGCAAGGCAAGUCAUGUAAAACAGAGCAUUUUUUCUUUCAAUUUAACAAAACUUUCUUUCUCCUAUCUGAUCUAAAUAAAAAGCACAGCCGAUUGGGGUUAUUAAAGAUUA